CCAAAGGGAAACAAGUAGUCGUACUCGGUCGGGCGCAAUGACCGGGUUGACGGUCGUCCAGUAGUAGGAGGACUAGGAGGUUGCUUAUCCAAAAAAAUUUGCCUCACCCUGUAGCCAUUAAAAAACCUCUGUCCCAACAUUUUUACCAAAAAGUCACUCCUUCUUAUCCAUUGCAGUGAUAAAGUGGGUGGUCAGCCAGCGCGCUCCUUUUUUGCGGCUGUAGAGGACGUGUCACCAAUUCCGGCGUGUUAUUCAUACACUACUUAAACCUUUUUCCACAACUUGAAGUGACAAGACUUCUGCAAAUAUGCUUCCACUGACGCACAGAGACUCGCCAAGCAUCUUCUUCAGAGUGAAGGAAAAGCUGUUGGGAUGGCAGCGACUGAUCUGGUCGGACAAAGCAGUCAGAAAUUUAUUUCUCUUCCUUAUACUCAACUUUAGCUUUGCAUUUGUUGAAUUCUUUUAUGGAUUUUGGACCAACAGUUUAGGAUUAAUAUCAGACAGUUUUCACAUGUUCUUUGACUGUACCAGUUUAGUUGCUGGUCUUGGUGCUUCGUUGAUACAAAAGAAAAAGGCCAAUGAAAAGUAUUCUUAUGGCUAUGUCAGGGCAGAAACAAUCAUGGGAUUCGCCAAUAGUUUGUUCUUGGUUUUCAUUGCAGUUUCUAUAAUGACUCAUGCAGUGGAAAGGGCUCUGGAGCCACCAGAAGUGAAACAUGAUAGACUAUUUUUAAUUUCUGUACUAGGCCUUUUAGUGAAUUUAGUAGGGAUAUAUGCAUUUAAUCAUGGCCAUGCCCAUGGGGAUUGUGGACAUGGUCACAGCCACGGACACAGCCAUGGUGGCCACAAUCACAAUCAUAGUGACCAUGGACACUCGCAUAACCACCAUUCCCAUCACCAUCAUCAUGAUAUUGAAAUCGAACACUCGCACACAAGUUCGGGCAAUUCUCAGAUAAUGAAGGGAGUUUUCCUUCACAUAUUAGCUGAUACACUUGGUUCAGUGGGAGUCAUUAUUUCUGCAGUGCUCAUGCAAAUGUUUGGUUGGCUAAUAGCAGACCCGAUUUGCUCAAUGUUCAUUGCAAUCCUCAUAGUAUUGAGCGUGUGGUCUCUCCUGAAAGAGUCUGCAGAAGUUCUCAUGCAAAGGCAACCUCACGAGUUGGACAAUGCUCUGCCACAGUGUUAUCACAAGGUCACACAAUUGGCGGGUGUUUACAGUGUACAAGAACAACAUUUUUGGACGCUUUGUUCUAAUAACUAUGUAGGAUGUAUAAAGUUAGAAGUCGCGCGAACUGUUGAUCCUAGGUAUGUCAUUGCCCACACGCAAAUGAUAUUCCACGCUGUUGGAGUAAAACAGUUGAACGUUCAAUUAGAUUAUUCAGCAUCGUGAUUAAAGUUAAAUAAUGUGUGAAUGUGCGUUGUCUAAAUAAAUAUAUUUUAUACCAGUCCAUACACUGUAAAGUUUUUCAACCAAAGAAAAACUGAUUUUUAUUGUAAAGAAAGCAUGUUUUGUUAAAAUUUAUGUGAGUAAGUUGUGUGUUAAAAGUAUUGUAUUAGUCUAAGGUUGACAUUGAUGCCUAAUUGUGAAGAAAGUUGGAUGAUUAUAAUUUUUGUAACAAAAAAUUGUAUUAUAGCGGCACCAUCUAGUUCGAGCAUUUAAAUAAAUACAAUGUUAACCACGAAAUAAUUAUUAGUCCAAUAAAUUUCAAAUAAUCGAGUAUAGUAAUGUCUUUUAUCAAAGAAGAAAAUAAUAUUUAUCUUAUCUAUUAUGCAAAGUUUGUUAACGUAGUGUUAGAAGCAUUCCAACUUUUUGGUUCACAAUGUCAUUUAAGCGUCUUUGAAAAUUUUUCGAAUUUAUUAAAAAUCACUUUUAAUACAUUUUAUGUUACAUGUGUAUUAUUAAAGUACUUACAAUUAUGGAAGUACUGUCAAGUUAAGACGUCUUCACGCAUAUAUAAUACAAAAAUUUUAACCUUUUCCAUAUAAAUAUACUGUUAAACUUAAAA